UUAAGCGCGUUUCACACGCUCUCCCCGCCCUGUAAUUCCGGUGGGUGGGUCCACGCGACGCUCUCGCACACAAAGACGCAGAUCUGGCGCGAAAGCACUUUUACCGGCAGUGGGCUGGGGGAGGGUGCGGCUGCACUGCACCACGCGGAUCGAUCGUUGCUGCCGUUGUAACAGGACACCCGCUUUAUUUCUGCAAGGGGAAAAAAAAGUUUUCUCGUUGUUCAGGUUAAACGGCCGUAAAACAGGCGUCUGGUGUGUCUCGCGCGCUAUUGUUUAGUGAGCGCGUGUGUACCGGAGUUCUACCGGACGCUGCGCUUCUUUGUUCUGUUCUGCGCGUCCCGUAGACUCUCCCCGGACUGUGCAGGUCUGCGACCCCAUGAUAAUCUUGUAGACGUUCUGCAGCAAUGCUUGGAGUCAACACUCACACACUGUACGGCUGGGACAUGGAGCACUACUUUUACGAUGAGAUGGACACCGAGGAGGACUUCUUUAAGUCUACAGCCCCAAGUGAGGAUAUAUGGAAGAAAUUCGAGCUGCUUCCCACCCCGCCCAUGUCACCCUCAAGGACCCUUGUUGGGGACUGGUUACUGCCGCUACCAGGGGACUGGCUCGGGUGGGCACCGCCGAAGCUAUUAACAUGUGAUGAUGAGUACGAGGGUCUGCACAAAUUUGACCCACUGGACAUUUUUGGUAAUCUGGGCUCUAUCGUUAUCAAAGACUGCAUGUGGAGUGGUUUUUCCACGAGUCACCGACUGGAAAAAGUGGCUCAUGGCGAGCGACCACCGGUGACUGCUCAGAUUCAGACCUUGACCACACAGAAAACUGCUCGUGCUCCAUCGGGCACGCCCGUGACUGGGACGCAUGCGGCGCAGUGCGUGAGCCCCGCCGCAGUCCUGGAACUCCCUGUCCCGCAUAACAAGAAAGUGGCUGCGGGCUCCUCUGGUUCUGAGUGUCGCUCGGAUUCAUCCGAUGAGGAUGAGGAUGAUGAUGAUGAUGUGAUUGACGUGGUGACGGUGGACAACCGACCGAAGCGUGGUCGCCCUCCAAGCCGACGAACGCCGGUAACCAUUACAGUGAGUGCCGAUCCAUUUGGACCAUGUCCCAAGCACUUCCACGUCUCUCUACAUCGGCAGCAGCACAAUUAUGCUGCUCCCUCCCCUGACACGGAUCCCGAGGAUGACUUCGAUGAGAUUGAGUCUGAGAGCAAACGGCCACGUCUGGAGCCUUCGUCCUCUCCCUCGUCUCCACUUUCCUCACCGGCCACAUCGGACUCCGAGGACUUCAGCGAGCAGCGUCGUAACUUCCUGGAGAGGAAGAGGAGGGAUGACCUUCGCUCGAGGUUCCAGGCGCUCCGCGAGGAGAUUCCAGGUCUGUCCGGAUCCUCGAAGACCUCUAAGGUGGCGAUUCUGACGCAGGCGACGGAUUACUUGGUGAAGCUUCAUGGGUGCCAACGGCGACAAGCUCAGGAGAAGAAAAAACUGAAAGCCAAACAACAACUGCUUCUCCGCAGGAUCAGUGCAUUACAGAACUCCUGAAAAAAAAAAAAAAGUCUGCUUUAACACUGCACAAUAUUUCCAAAGCUCAUUAUGGACAAGAGAACUCAUUGUUUGUCAAUCACUGAAAUGACACUUAAAACACUGCAGGGAGAUCUUUAAAAUCACAUUGAAAUCUGCCCUCUUGAAGGGAUCUGUACAUGUGUGUGUGCUGCGCUCUAGACUUUAGUCGACACAUGGAUAACUUUCUUUGAGGAGACAAUGACAGAAAUGUGCACAUGCAAUGCCUUUAUAAACCUCAGCAGAUGGCGAUGAAGAGGAAGUUGAGACAUUUACCUCCAUAGCGAGAAGGGUGGGUGAUGUUUGUAUGCAUGGGGGGGGGG